GAAAAAGCAUCGUCGGCAUAAACAAAAAUUCCGGCGAAAUCAAAGGUUAGUUCAAAGUAUCAAAGCGCGAAAUCAUGACCAAUUGUGAAAAGGAUGAGGAAUUCGUGUGCAUCAGCUGCGUAGAAGAGGUACGGUACUCUUUCGUGAGCCACCUCUCUGAAGCUCUCCGUCGAAAAGGCAUAAAUAAUGUGGUCGUAGAUGUAGAUAUCGAUGAUCUGCUUUUCAAGGAGUCUCAGGCAAAGAUCGAGAAAGCUGGGGUUUCUGUGAUGGUUUUACCCGGAAACUGUGAUCCUUCCGAGGUAUGGCUUGACAAGUUCGCCAAGGUUCUCGAGUGCCAAAGGAACAACAAGGACCAGGCGGUGGUUUCAGUGUUGUACGGUGACAGUCUAUUACGGGACCAAUGGCUUAGCGAGCUGGAUUUCAGAGGCUUAUCACGAAUUCACCAAUCCAGGAAGGAAUGUAGUGACUCUAUACUUGUAGAAGAGAUUGUGAGAGAUGUGUACGAGACGCACUUUUAUGUUGGACGAAUUGGAAUCUAUUCGAAGCUGCUGGAGAUUGAAAACAUGGUUAACAAGCAACCGAUAGGCAUCCGUUGUGUUGGAAUUUGGGGUAUGCCUGGCAUAGGAAAGACAACACUUGCUAAAGCAGUCUUUGACCAAAUGUCUAGCGCCUUUGAUGCUUCUUGUUUUAUCGAAGACUAUGACAAAUCAAUUCAUGAGAAGGGUCUUUAUUGUUUGCUGGAGGAACAACUUUUGCCGGGCAAUGAUGCAACCAUUAUGAAACUGAGCUCGCUCAGAGACAGAUUGAACAGUAAGAGAGUUCUUGUUGUUCUCGAUGACGUGCGCAAUGCUCUGGUUGGGGAGUCCUUUCUCGAGGGGUUUGACUGGCUAGGACCCGGAAGCCUGAUCAUCAUAACCUCUAGAGAUAAACAAGUGUUUUGCCUUUGCGGAAUCAAUCAAAUAUAUGAGGUCCAGGGUUUAAAUGAGAAAGAGGCUCGUCAACUUUUCUUGCUGUCUGCGUCUAUAAAGGAGGAUAUGGGAGAGCAGAAUCUCCAGGAGUUGUCAGUGAGAGUAAUAAAUUAUGCUAAUGGAAACCCGUUAGCUAUCAGUGUUUAUGGAAGAGAGCUGAAAGGUAAGAAAAAACUCUCAGAAAUGGAGACUGCAUUCCUCAAACUCAAGCGACGUCCUCCAUUUAAGAUUGUCGAUGCAUUUAAAAGCACCUAUGACACACUCAGUGACAACGAAAAGAACAUUUUUUUGGACAUAGCUUGUUUCUUCCAGGGAGAAAAUGUCAACUACGUGAUACAACUGCUUGAGGGUUGUGGUUUCUUUCCACAUGUUGAAAUUGAUGUCCUUGUUGACAAGUGUCUGGUAACUAUUUCAGAAAACCGAGUUUGGUUGCAUAAGCUGACCCAGGAUAUCGGCCGAGAAAUCAUAAAUGGAGAAACAGUACAGAUCGAGAGGCGCAGAAGACUGUGGGAACCUUGGAGCAUCAAAUAUUUAUUAGAAUAUAAUGAACACAAAGCAAAUGGAGAACCUAAAACAACCUUCAAACGUGCUCAGGGCUCUGAAGAGAUCGAAGGCCUGUUUCUAGACACAUCAAACUUAAGAUUUGAUCUGCAGCCCUCUGCCUUUAAGAAUAUGUUGAACCUUAGAUUGCUCAAAAUUUAUUGUUCCAAUCCUGAAGUCCAUCCUGUAAUCAAUUUCCCAACAGGCUCUCUGCAUUCUCUUCCUAAUGAGCUAAGACUCCUCCAUUGGGAGAACUAUCCUCUGAAAUCUUUGCCUCAGAAUUUUGAUCCAAGGCACCUUGUCGAAAUCAACAUGCCGUAUAGUCAACUUCAGAAACUUUGGGGUGGAACCAAGAACCUGGAGAUGUUGAGGACGAUCAGGCUUUGCCAUUCCCACCAUCUAGUUGAUAUCGAUGAUCUCUUAAAAGCUGAAAAUCUUGAGGUAAUUGAUCUCCAAGGUUGUACGAGACUGCAGAAUUUCCCAGCCGCAGGUCGAUUGCUACGUCUACGAGUUGUAAAUCUCUCAGGUUGCAUAAAGAUUAAAAGUGUCCUAGAAAUUCCACCAAAUAUUGAGAAACUACAUCUACAGGGAACUGGCAUAUUAGCAUUACCAGUUUCCACUGUUAAGCCAAACCAUAGAGAGCUUGUGAAUUUUCUAACAGAAAUUCCGGGUCUUUCAGAGGAACUUGAGCGUUUAACAAGUCUGCUGGAAUCUAACUCAUCUUGUCAAGAUCUUGGGAAGCUUAUUUGCUUGGAGCUGAAAGAUUGCUCUUGUUUGCAGAGUCUGCCAAACAUGGCUAAUUUAGAUCUUAAUGUUCUUGAUCUCUCGGGUUGCUCAAGUCUUAAUUCUAUUCAGGGUUUCCCUCGUUUUCUGAAACAGUUAUAUCUUGGUGGCACUGCAAUAAGAGAAGUGCCACAACUUCCUCAAAGUCUAGAAAUCUUGAAUGCACAUGGAUCUUGUUUGCGAAGUCUGCCAAACAUGGCUAAUUUAGAAUUUCUCAAAGUUCUUGAUCUCUCUGGUUGCUCAGAGCUCGAGACUAUUCAGGGUUUUCCUCGGAACCUAAAAGAGUUAUAUUUUGCUGGCACUACGUUAAGAGAAGUGCCCCAACUUCCUUUAAGCCUAGAGGUCUUGAAUGCACAUGGUUCUGACUCGGAGAAGCUUCCUAUGCAUUACAAGUUCAACAAUUUUUUCGAUCUAUCUCAACAAGUGGUCAACGAUUUUUUAUUGAAAACGCUGACUUAUGUAAAACACAUACCAAGAGGGUAUACGCAGGAACUCAUCAACAAAGCUCCGACUUUCAGCUUCAGUGCGCCCUCACAUACAAAUCAAAACGCCACAUUUGAUCUGCAAUCAGGAUCUUCUGUAAUGACACGACUAAAUCAUUCAUGGAGGAACACGCUUGUGGGAUUUGGUAUGCUGGUGGAAGUUGCAUUUCCCGAGGACUACUGUGAUGCUACAGAUGUUGGCAUAAGUUGUGUUUGCAGAUGGAGCAACAAAGAAGGCCGCUCUUGUAGGAUAGAAAGAAAAUUUCAUUGUUGGGCACCAUGGCAAGUUGUUCCAAAAGUUCGAAAGGAUCAUACGUUUGUCUUUAGUGAUGUCAACAUGCGCCCAAGUACCGGUGAAGGAAAUGACCCUGAUAUCUGGGCUGGAUUAGUUGUAUUUGAGUUCUUUCCUAUCAAUCAGCAGACAAAGUGUCUAAAUGAUAGGUUCACAGUGAGAAGAUGUGGAGUCCGUGUAAUAAAUGUUGCAACUGGCAAUACAAGUCUUGAGAACAUAGCACUAGUUUUGUCUUUGGAUCCAGUAGAGGUUUCCGGUUAUGAAGUAUUGAGAGUCAGCUAUGAUGAUUUACAGGAGAUGGAUAAAGUUCUAUUUCUUUACAUAGCGUCUUUGUUCAAUGACGAGGAUGUUGAUUUUGUGGCACCACUUAUUGCCGGUAUUGACUUGGAUGUUAGCUCUGGGCUCAAGGUCUUAGCCGAUGUGUCUCUCAUAAGUGUAUCAUCAAAUGGGGAAAUAGUGAUGCAUAGUUUGCAAAGACAAAUGGGUAAAGAAAUCCUCCAUGGACAAUCCAUGCUGCUGUCUGAUUGUGAGAGUUCCAUGACCGAGAAUUUGUCUGACGUACCAAAAAAGUAAGUUCUCUUUUUCUAUCAGCUUCAUAUACAACCGUAGACUUAAAUAAAUUUGAAAAUAUUUGAGUACAUAAAAUCACAUUAGGUGCAAUGAAAAAACGUGCAAUUUAUUAGAUUGAACUAAAGUUUACAAAAAAGCCAUUAGAGAUGUACCAGUAUGCUACCUUUUCCAAGUUGCUUAAUAACAUAGGUUUUUCAUGUUUGUACUUUUUAGAUUAAUUUAAAAAUCCGUUUUUUACUCCAUUCAAGAUUUUAGAAAAGUUUAUUUUUUAUUUAAUGAAAUAUUAGAUUUGUUGUGAAAAAGACAUUAAUUUACAAUCAGAGGUAAAAUCUCUAGAGACAUUUGGCAUUUUUGCUCGGCUUUCUUUGUUAAAUCCUUUUUUCGUGAGGAUUUUAGAAAAGUUGAUUGUGAGCUACUCACCAAGGUUUCAUCUUUUUGAAAAAUACUCUUACAUAAGAUGUGUCAAGGAAAUGUUAGUUUAUCUAACAAAAACCCACUUCUCAACGUUUCCAUAUCUAUGUAUCUUUUUACUUUCAUGAAACCAUGAGAGACAUAUAUGCAUUAUGAAAUUUUCUGAAUUCUUACAUUCCUUAUAGAACUUCUCUCCCACCCACAAAGAUUUGGGAAUCAUUAGUCUUUUUUAUUUUUUUUCAAUUUUCAAUUGAUGUUUGCUUUUGUUUUACUUCUUAUUAUCAUGUUAAAAACUUUUUUGAUGCCAUAAAAAUAACCUUUAUACGUAUGUUGUAAUCGUUUUUAUGGUAACAUAUAUUAGAUUUUUAAACUUUGCAAAAAAAAAAAAAAAAAAAACAUUAGAUUUUUAAAAUUCUAAAAGUAGGGUUAAACUCCGUGUCGAUAGCAAAAAAGGGUUACAUUACGUGUUACUUUUUACUUUGUGUGAUUAAUUUGCAUUUUAGAGGUAGAGGGUAAAAUUGCAAAAAUUUGGCGAAUGAAAAUUUUUUUUUGCACAAAACCUUAUCUUAAACCGAACUGAUCAUGGCACACACUAACAUUGAUCACAGAACUAGCUAUAAAUCACAAUAUAUAAUCACAUGGGUUUCGAUAUAUGUUAUAUCGACGUUGGAUGCAGGAAGAAGAAACAUAGCGAAAGUAGGGUAAAGAAAGUGGUUUCCAUACCGGCUAUAGACGAGGGAGAUCUAUGGACUUGGCGAAAGUACGGUCAAAAAGACAUCUUAGGUUCUCGUUUUCCAAGGGGUUACUACAGGUGCGCUUACAAGUUCACGCAUGGUUGUAAAGCUACAAAACAAGUCCAACGGAGCGAGACCGAUUCAAACAUGUUAGCUAUUACUUACCUAUCUGAGCAUAACCAUCCACGGCCCACUAAACGCAAGGCUCUCGCUGACUCCACUCGUUCCACUUCCUCCUCCAUCUGCUGAGCCAUAACUACCUCUGCCUCAUCUAGAGUCUUCCAAAACAAAGACGAACCAAAUCAACCCCACUUGCCUUCCUCCUCCACUCCUCCUGGAAACGCGGCUGUCUUGUUUAAAAUGACGGACAUGGAGGAGUUUCAGGACAAUAUGGAGGUGGAUAAUGACGUCGUAGAUACACGUACACUGGCAUUGUUUCCAGAGUUUCAACAUCAGCCGGAGGAAGAAUACCCAUGGUCAACAUUCUUCGAUGAUUAUAAUUUUUGUUUUUAUUGAGCUCACUCUCAUCACUGCAAGACAAGAAAAAAUAACCAGUGAGAUCCAAGGAUUUAUGUACACCCAAGGAUUUAGUUUUUGCAGUGUCAAUGAUUUUCAGCCAAUAAUAAAUCAUUAAUUUCAAUUACCAGUCCUCCCCAACCUGUAAACCCAUCAUGCCUCCAACAUAUGGUGAUCUCGACAAAUUCGAAAGCCUAAUACCAAGGAUACAUGUAUCACAGUAGGAUUUCUCAAUCCUGAUGCACUCGAAGAGGAAUAGAUCUUAAGAAAUCAUUAAGCCUUAUGAAAGCAAGGAAAGAAAUGGCUGAGAUGUCUUACGUUGAUUACAAAUAGAGGCAAUCAACACAACAAUUGUUUUGUUGUGGGUUUUGUGUCGAU